AUUAAACACUCUGAUAAGCCUCAGCACAAGCUUUACACUACUACUGUCACUGCUCUAACCUCUAUAGUAUGGCGCCCAAACCACAGUACCUAGAGGAAGAUUGUAUGAAAUACCACAAAACAAAAGAUCAUACUCAUAAAGCAAAGAGUUUGUCCUUCUUUGCCUCUAUCUUCUCCCUUUUCAUUUACAUCUCUAUCUUCUAUAUCUUCGACCUCUCUCCCUAUGCUCUCUUCAACAACAACAUAUUUUGGUUUUUCAUGUCCAACACUCUCAUCCUCAUCAUAGCUGCUGACUAUGGAGCAUUCUCUUCAUCCAAACAGAAACAAGAUCUCUAUGAAGAGUAUGCAAAGCAUAGUCAAGCAAGAAACUAUGUCUCUUCAUAUGUCCCCAAAUAUGAUGAACAAGUUGAUAAAAAAGGCAUUAGUCCCAAACAAGAGCCAGAUAGUGAGAUGUUGCAGGAGAAGAAAGAAACUAUAUCUGAUCAUAAUAAUGAUCAGAUUAUCCCUGAACGUGUACUUGAAAUUGUGGAACAAAAUCAACCAAAGAAACAUAGUGAACGCUCCAAUAAGAAAAAGCCAGUACUUCAUGACUUGCAAGUAGAUGAUGAUGGUUAUAAAGAAUUUGAGGAGAAAGAAACCCCUACAAGAAUUUACCAUCGAAGUAAAUCUGAUAGACUCAACAGAGCUAAGCAUGUGGUGAAUGAAGAGAGGAUGUACUCAGUUCGAAGGUCAGAGACUAUGAAAAAAGAAGCAAAAGUAGAAGAAGAAAAUGAGUUUUCUACUAUGACAAAUGAGGAUCUUAAUAGGAGGGUGGAGGAGUUUAUUCAGAAAUUCAAUAGGCAGAUUAGACUUCAGGCAACUAGAAAUGUCAAUCAAAUUUAGAAGUUCUUCAAGUGCUAGAAUCCACAGGUUAUUCCAAAAAUUUUGCUGUCUUCUGCUUUUGUACUUGUUUAAAUGUUGCAUUUUGUUCAUCAACGUGUUUUAGUUGGUGUAUAUAAUGGAAG